CAUCGCCGAAGGCACACCAUCUGACAGCUUAAUCUUAGAGCAUCAGCAAGCAGUUUUUUCUCUCACCAUUAGCUCAUCUGAUUCACUUCUUCCUUUUUCCUAAAUUCAAAAAAUGGCGGUCACCUGUUUUACCCAGGAGUUCAAGACUACGAUUGCUCCGUCGAGGAUGUUCAAGGCUUUGAUUCUUGACUCCCACAACCUCAUCCCCAAGAUUGCCCCGCAGGGUAUUAAGAGCAUUGACUUCAUUGAAGGAGACGGUGGUGCCGGGAGCAUCAAGCAGACUAACUUUGCUAAUGGUGGCCACUUAAAAUGGUUGAAGCAUAGGAUCGAUGCUAUUGAUGUAGAGCAGCUCGUGUGCAAGUACACCUUGAUUGAGAGUGAUAUUGCAUUCGACAAGAUUGGGUCGGUGGUCUACGAGGUGAAAUUUGAAACUUCAAGUGAUGGUGGGUGUCUCUGCAAGAUGACGAGCGAGUACCACGCGAAGGCCAGUCUGGAGCUGAAGGAGGAGGACAUCAAGCAGGGCAAGGACAAAGCCAUGGGACUCUACAAAGUUGUCGAGGAAUAUCUCGCAGCCAACCCUGAAGCCUAUGCCUAAACAGAUUGUUCUUGACACUUGAGUUGUCUGUCACGUAAAAGUUUUCACUGUAUCAGUAUUGUUUUUCCUCCUCGUUUUUCUUUACCUCUUUUUUUUCUUAAGUUUUCUGGUCAUUGGCAAGAAGCUUUCAAGCAAGCCAUCAUUUCAUAUUUUCGUGGAAUUUCAUUUCGGGAGAUUAAGAGAUUUGUGUUGUUUGCAAAACAUGAAAAGAAAUGAAUCACCCUUGAUGUUCCUGGAGCA